CAAUAAACUUGAAGCAAGGGCGGGGAAUAGUUUGCGUAGAGCACACGUUGGGAAGGUUCUUAGUAAGGCUCAUUCAAGAAAAAGCUAGAAGUAAACGAAAAGCGACAUUUUUCGUUGAAGUAAACAUGCCGUCUUUGACAGAGAAACCAGAUGUUAUAUUUGAAGAGGAUGACCUGCCGUACGAAGAGGAGAUCAUCCGCAACCCGUACUCCGUUAAGUGCUGGAUGCGCUAUAUCGAGUACAAACAGAACGGCCCUAAGUCUGUGCUGAACAUGAUAUACGAGCGAGCACUGAAGGAGCUGCCUGGAAGUUAUAAGCUGUGGUAUAAUUACCUGUAUGUGUGUACCUGCAGUUAUAAGCUGUGGUAUAAUUACCUGAGGGAGAGGAGGAAGCAGGUGAAGGGCAGGUGCAUCACAGAGCCUGCCUACGAGGAGAUCAACAACUGUCAUGAGAGAGCGCUGGUGUUUAUGCACAAGAUGCCCAGAAUCUGGCUGGAUUACUGCCAGUUCCUGGUGUCUCAGUGCAAAAUCACGCGGAGCCGGCGCACCUUCGACCGUGCCCUGCGGGCCCUGCCCAUUACCCAGCAUCCCCGCAUCUGGCCCCUGUACCUGCGGUUCGCCCGCAACCUGCCCCUCCCCGAGACGGCCAUCCGCGUGUACCGCCGCUACCUCAAGCUGUCCCCCGAGAACGCGGAGGAGUACAUCGACUACCUGCGGUCCGUGAGCCGCCUGGACGAAGCGGCGGUAAGGCUGGCGGCCAUCGUCAACGACGAGAGCUUCGUGUCCAAGGAGGGAAAGUCCAACUACCAGUUGUGGCACGAGCUGUGUGACCUGAUCUCCCAGAACCCGGACAAGGUGAAGUCUCUGAACGUGGGGGCCAUCAUCCGCGGGGGCCUGACGCGCUUCACUGACCAGCUGGGGAAGCUCUGGUGCUCCCUGGCCGACUACUACAUACGGAGCGGCCACCUGGAGAAGGCGCGGGACGUGUACGAAGAGGCGGUCCAGACGGUGGUGACGGUGCGCGACUUCACUCAGGUGUUCGACAGCUACGCCCACACCGAAGAGACCGUGAUCGCCGCCAAGAUGGAGACCACUGCUGAGAUGGGCCAGGACGAGGAGGAGGACGUUGACCUGGAGCUGCGGCUGGCGCGCUUUGAGCAGCUGAUUGCGCGGCGCCCCCUGCUGCUGAACAGCGUGCUGCUGCGCCAGAACCCCCACAACGUCCACGAGUGGCACAAGAGGGUCAAGCUGUACGAGGGCAAACCGCGGCAGAUCAUCAACACGUACACAGAGGCUGUGCAGACGGUGGACCCCAUGAAGGCCACGGGGAAACCCAACUCCCUCUGGAUCGCUUUCGCCAAAUUCUACGAGGAGAACGAUCAGCUGGACGAUGCCAGGACGAUCUUCGAGAAGGCCACCAAGGUGAACUACAAGCAGGUGGACGAGCUGGCGGGGGUGUGGUGCGAGUACGGCGAGAUGGAGCUGCGCCACGAGAACUACGAGCAGGCGCUGCACAUCCUGAGGAAAGCCACCGCCAUCCCGUCCAAGAAGGCCGAGUACUUCGACGUCUCCGAGCCGGUGCAGAACCGCGUCUACAAGUCCCUGAAGGUGUGGUCCAUGCUGGCCGACCUGGAGGAGAGCCUGGGCACCUUUCAGUCCACCAAGGCGGUGUACGACCGCAUCAUCGACCUGCGCAUCGCCACGCCCCAGAUCAUCAUCAACUACGCCAUGUUCCUGGAGGAGCACACGUACUUCGAGGAGAGCUUCAAGGCCUACGAGCGAGGCAUCUCCCUCUUCCGCUGGCCCAACGUCUACGACAUCUGGAACACCUACCUCACCAAGUUCAUCGACCGCUACGGGGGCAAGAAGCUGGAGAGGGCGCGGGACCUGUUUGAGCAGGCCCUGGACGGCUGUCCCGCCAAGUACGCCAAAACGAUAUACCUGCUGUACGCGAAGCUGGAGGAGGAGUUUGGGCUGGCGCGGCACGCCAUGGCGGUGUACGAGCGGGCGACGGAGGCGGUGGAGCGCACGGAGAGGCACCACAUGUUCAACAUCUACAUCAAGAGAGCUGCCGAGAUCUACGGAGUCACGCACACCCGAGCCAUUUACCAGAAGGCCAUCGAGGUGCUUCCGGAUGAACACUCCAGAGAGAUGUGCCAGCGUUUUGCUGACAUGGAGAGCAAACUGGGCGAGAUUGACCGGGCGAGAGCCAUCUACUCCUACUGCUCCCAGAUCUGUGACCCCAGGAUGACCCCGGUGUUCUGGCAGACGUGGAAGGAGUUUGAGAUCCGGCACGGGAACGAGGACACCAUCCGGGAGAUGCUGCGCAUCAAGCGCAGCGUGCAGGCCACCUACAACACGCAGGUCAACUUCAUGUCCUCCCAGAUGCUCAAGGCCACCGCCAACGCCACCGGCACGGUGUCAGACCUUGCUCCAGGGCAGAGUGGAGUUGAUGAUAUGAAGAUGCUGGAACAGAAGGCUCAACAGCUGGCAGCCGAGGCAGAGCAGGACAAGCCCCGCCCCAAAGACAAGAUCCUCUUCGUCAGGAGUGACACCUCUCGCAGUGAACUGGCCGAGCUUGCAAAGCAAGCUAACCCUGACGAAAUAGACAUCGAUGACGAAGACGACGAGGAAGAGGAGGACGGUGGUGAACCGGACGAGGUGCAGCUGGAGCAGAAGAGUGUCCCCACAGCUGUGUUCGGAGGUCUGAAGCAGGACUCCGAUGCCACAGGAUGCUGACGUCCCAUCGACGAACAAUGACCAAUACACCAGCAGCACACAUGCACAUGUGGCUCAUCCCACUGUUAUGUCUGUAUACCAAUGUUCACACUGUUGAAGGCUGGUAGGACCCACAGAAAGUGUGUUUUGUUAAGAGUGUUCUGGGCUGUCUGCUCCUCUCCAUCCCAUUGUAUUUUACAAAAUACAGUCCCAGCUGCAUUGGACUGCUGAAUAAAAUGUGUCUGUGUA